GGUGGAGGGUUGUGGGGGUGAAUGAUACGUCACAGCUUUGCUUUGGGGGCUGAUUUACCUUUGAUACUGGCAAACACACACAUACACACACGCACACACACACAGCACACUGGACGGAGGAAGGAGGAACCUGUGAGAGAACAACAACAAAGGAAAAGAAAGAACAUAAAGGAAAGCCCAACAAUAGAAGGUGAGAAAGCAAAGGAAGCGAAGAAGAGGGAAUUUGACUGAAGAAACAAAGCGUUACUGUGACUCAGACAGAGGAACUGAGACUCUGGCACCAAACCGAUCCAAACGUCUUCGCUGCAGCUUCCUGGAUCACAGAGCUUCUAAUGCAAAUAGGGUUUACAUAGGAUUGCAACAUCCCGUCUGAACCGACGAGCUCCUCCUCUCUACACGACACCGGCAGCAGCUGCUGCUGCGUCCUGUGUCCAUGUGUGGAGCCGACACUGAGGAGCUAUUUAAAAAGUGCCAACGAGGACGAGUGAAGGGCUCGCGUGGACGUUUGUGCUCACUCAGUAACAAUUUGAUCAGCCGGCAUCAACCUGUGGAUGGAGACGGCCGUGUUCACAUCAGCAGGGUGCUGUGUGCUGUGUUAAAGUAAAACCUCCCACUAAAGACCUCACCACGUUCAGAAGGAAACACAUCCAGCCAGAAGCUCAGCAGUCAAACCAUGGCCCCUAAGAAGAAGGCCCUCCGUCAGAAGAAGCCGUCCGUGGAGGCCGCGGCCCAGGUCGCCGUGGAGACGCCGCCUCCGCUGAAGGUGGAGAGCCGCGGCGAUGGCGUGGUGGUGGUGGAGGGCGGAGCCAAGAAGAUCGAGCAGAUGGCGGCGCUGGACAUCGCUCAGCUGAACAGCCUCAACCUGCCGCUGCCGCCGCCCGUCAUCAAACCCGGGGAGAGAGGCCUGGGCCUGGGCAGCGAGCUGACGCGGCCCCUGCACGGCAACGCGCUGCUGGAGGAGCUGAGCAGGAUGCGCCAGGAGAAGUUCCUCACGGACCUGGAACUGGCCUGCAAGACCAAAGCCUUCGACGUGCACAAGCUGGUCAUCUCCUCCGUCAGCCAGUACUUCAGAGAGAUUCUGGCCAAAGACCCGAGCAUGAAGCGCCUGGAGCUGCCCUCCCUCUCUCCUCUCGGCCUGGCCAACGUCAUCACCUUCGCCUACCUGGGCCGCGUCCACAUGUCGCUCUACACCAUCGGCUGCACCGUCUCCGCCGCCGCCACGCUGCAGAUCCCCCAGCUCCUCAAGAUGUGCACGGACUUCCUGCUGGCCGAGCUCAACGUGCAGACGUGCGUGUACGUGUGGAACAUCGCCGCCGCCUACGGCCUGCUGCCCGUGUGCGACGCCGCGCGCCGCUUCGUCCUGGAGAACUUCGUGCAGUUCGCGGAGACGCCGCUGUUCACGCAGCUGACCCUGGAGCAGAUCUGUGCCUUCCUGCAGGACGACGGGCUGCUGCUGCCCUCAGAGGUCACGGCCUUCCAGCUGGCCAUGAAGUGGCUGGACUUCGACGCCGCUCGCCAGCCUCACGCCGCCGAGCUCCUGACCCACAUCCGCUUCGAGACCAUCCCCGCCUGCGAGCUGGUGAGCCAGAUCCAGCCGGUGCCCCGCAUGAUGCUGGACCCUCAGUGCCACCGCCUGCUGGUGGACGCCAUGAACUACCACCUGCUGCCCCACCAGCAGAACUCCCUGCAGUCCAGGCGCACGCAGGUCCGAGCCGCUCAGCAGACGCUGCUGACCGUCGGCGGCCGCCCGUCGCUCACGGAGAGAGCGCUGAGCCGCGAGGUGCUGUGGAGGGACCCGCGUGACGGAGGGGCCAGCUGGCGUCACCUCACCCAGCUGCCAGCGAAGAGCUUCAACCAGUGUGUGGCUGUGAUGGACGGCUUCCUGUACGUGGCCGGAGGCGAGGACCAGAACGACGCGCGCAACCAGGCCAAGCACGCCGUGAGCACGCUGAGCAGGUACGACCCUCGCUUCAACACCUGGCUCCACCUGGCCAGCAUGCGCCAGCGCCGCACCCACUUCUCCCUGGCGGCCAGCGGCGGGCGCCUGUUCGCCAUCGGCGGGCGCAACGUGGAGGGUCUGCUGGCCACCGCCGAGAGCUACCUGCCCUCCUCCAACACCUGGCAGAUGCGCGCGCCCAUGGAGGUGCCGCGCUGCUGCCACUCCAGCGCCACGCUGCCCUCCGGAGACAUCCUGGUGACGGGCGGCUACAUCAACUGCGCCUACUCCCGCUCCGUGGCGUGCUACAGCGUGGAGGCCGACAGCUGGAGCGAGAAGGCCUCCAUGGAGACACCCCGCGGCUGGCACUGCUCCGCCGCGCUGGGGGAGAAGGUGUACGUGGUGGGAGGGAGCCAGCUGGGGCCCGGCGGGGAGCGCGUGGACGUGCUCUCCGUGGAAGUCUUCUCCCCGGAGAGCGGGUCGUGGAGCCGCGCCGCGCCCCUGCGGCUGGGGGUCAGCACCGCCGGCCUGUCCCCUCUGGCCGACAAGCUGUACCUGCUGGGCGGCUGGAACGAGGCGGAGAAGCGCUACAAGGCGGCCGUCCAAAAGUAUGACCCGGCCACAGACAGCUGGUCCCUGGCAGAGGAUCUGCCCGAGCCCACGGUGGGGGUCUCCUGCUGCACCCUGACGCUUCCACCACGACACUCACCGCGGCGCCAGCACCGCAACACGCCGGGCCACGAAGAGCAGCAGCAGGCGGGCAAGAACCGGAGCAGAGAGAGCAGCGUGGCUCCGUCACACGUCAUCUCAGCGUAGAGACACGGGGUGGUUGAACCUCUGGAGAACAUCUGGAUUAGGGCUGCACAUAAACCAUUUUAUCAAUUGUGCGAAAUGGUCCAAAUGUCUUAGUUUGUUCAAGCUGAACAGUUAAAAACAGAAAAAUGCCUCAAAGGGUUAAUUGAGCACUUGCUGAUAUUGAUUUACUGGAGAAAAAAAAAUAGUUUGCUGUUUUUUCUGUCACAGAAAAUUAAAAAUCAGUAAAUCAGGGAGUAAAAUCAAUCAGCACCAAAUAAUAAAACACAUCACAGCCAAUAACAUCUCAAGUUGAUGCCUUCUGUUAAUAUACAGGCAGCCGGGUUGUACCCAAGUUUUAUUCCAAUUCGAUUCUAAGAAAGUGAGAGAACAUGUUUAAUGGAGGUUUCCUUUUCAUUUCUUGACAGUUUAUUUUUUUAACCGUAUCGAAAAGUCCACAUAUUUACGGUUUAGAUUAAGAACAAAUCCUGAUGGUUUCUGACCUGAUGAUUAAAGUUCGAUUCAGCCAGAAAAAAGCCUGAACAAUCCAAAGCAGUGUCAGGAGGUUUUACAGAAGGAAACAGAUGUGGAGAAAUAAGAUGGUGGAAGGUUGAAGACGAGUUAAGCAGGCGGAGGAUGAAGACGGAACAGUGGCUGUCUGUGUCUGAGUGAAUCUACUGGCAGUUUGUGUACAAAGACGACUAAGUGUGAUCUGCAUCUGCGAGUGUGUGAACAGAGUGAAUGACGGGUGUGAGGCGCUACAGCAAUGAGCCAUUUCUGACAAACUCAAUAAAUUCAGGAAAGCAGCAUCAUUACACAGACAGCUUCGUCAGAAGUAGUUUAGAGAACUUUAAAAAAAAAAAAAAAGAAAAAGGUUUUCAUAAGUGCAAUAAACUUAAAGUACUACAAUUUGAGAGUAGUGUGGAGAAGUUCAAAUGUACAAGCAUCCUGGAAUCUGCUAAUAAAAACCAGAUGCCCAAAACAUUAAAAAGCAUAAACCUGAGCUUUAAUGCUCACGUUCUAAAGCUUUUGCUGCCUUCAGACGUUUAAUUGGUCCUGAAGAACCAGUGAGACCCCAACCGGUCAAAGUCUAAUCAGAUGUUGAUGAAACCAAUUCGACCGCUUUAAUUGGUUGGUCCUUUCUAAUUGUCUGUGGCACCAGUUGAGCUUGGUUCUGUUGGGUUUCACUGAAUAAAGCCAACCUGAUCCAAAUCA